AUCCCAAUGUUUUUGAUAUUUUCGAAAAGUUGUAUGGAUGUGGUAAAAUUUAUCACCUUAAAUUUACACAGCAUCAUAAGUCAGUUCAAUAACGAAAACACAAGCGUCAGCUUGCAGCUACAAAAUUUCUCGCUGCAAAUUCUACAUCAACAUAUUUGCAUUAAUGGUGUUGGCAUUGCACGAAUGGAUGGAUAUAUGUUGACCAGAGCUGUUGGUUCCAUAACGACCUACAUGAUAUUCUUCAUACAAUUUAUGCCCAAGUUUACAAACAAUUGAAAUAAAUGUGCACCAAGGUAAAAAAUGAGAAAAU